CGCUGCUCGCUGCGCCAGACCGGGAAGGCCGACAAGCGCCAGCAGAGCAUACACCUGCUGACAGAGUCAGAGGACAAAGCGAGCAAGAGAGAGAGAGAGAGGAGACAGAGACCGACUAGAGGUCCUCACUGCUCCGUCAGCUCACGUAGAUCGCUCGCAAGGGAAUCGGCUGCACAGACGACCGAAUUAAGUCCGUUGACGUUGCGCCACUGCUGCCGACCGACCGUCCUUGCUGUCCACCGCGACCAUCGUCUUGCUCAUCCGGCUACAGACUCGUUCAUCGGCAUCUGUACCUGAGCUAAGUCUGCUUGUUGACGUUCUACUCUGGUGCUGAGUCUGAGCUGUGUCCUCCUGACAUCAAGAUCGAGAUCGAGAUCGAGACAGAGCGCUUCGCUGAGACAACAGCAGCGCCAAUCACUGCUACGCUCACUGCUGCAAUCACAUCCAAAAGCAUUUAACUAUGGGGUGCGGAUCAUCGUCAAACGUGCCACCGGAGAACGAGCCGAAGAGGGAGACUGCAGAGGCUGGCAAGGCAGGCGAGGCGUCUGGAGACGCAAGUGCCGAUGGGAGGCAGAGCAAGCACAGGUCGAGUGGAGGUAGCCGUGAGAAGGCCAAGGGCAAGGCCAAGGGCAAGGCCAAGGGCAACGGCAACGGCAAGAGUAGGGAUAAGAGUCGCGAUCAAAGUGGCGACGGGUCCGCGAGCGGAACAAGCAGCGAUGAAGGAGGCCGCUCGUCGGACAAGGGGAAGAAGCGGUCGCGGAAGCGGGUGGGCAAGGACGCGGCAUCACCGGACAAGGGUAAGCAAGAGGUGUCUGACCCGUGCUCGAGCGACGGGGAAAAGUCAGGCAGCGGGCGAAAGUCGGGCAAAGGCGGGCGGCGGAAGCGCGGGAGCGGGCGUAAGGGUCCGCCGGGGGCUCGGCCGGCGCUGCCGUCAGGCAAGCUGAUGCCUGCACUGCCGGGCGGCGGCAAGGUUGGGAGCAAGCGUAGGGGCUCGGGCGGCAAGGGCGGAGUGGACAUCAAGCAGAUCACCAAAGCCAUCAUGAACGACAACCUGACGGCGGUGCAGAAGCUGCUCAACUCGCCGGCGGCCAAGGUUGACGACCUGUACAGCUGCUCGUCGGUGCCCAACUCGACGCUCGCCUUUGAGGGCGCGACGUUGCUGCAUCUUGCGGUCUUCCUCGGCAAGUUCAACAUUGCCAAGUUUGUGCUGAUCAAGAACGCCGACCUCAACGUCCGCUGCGACCGCAUCUCCGACUCCAAGUCGCGGUUCCACUCGGUCACCGCGUUCCACAUGGUUGUUGCCCUCUGCUCGCUCGAAAUGAUCGACCUCUUCCUCCGGUCGGGCGCCAUCCUCAACGAGAUGUGCGACGAGUACGUGACGUACAAGUACUUUUACUACGCCAACGUCUCGGUCCUGCACCUCGCGUGUUUUCGCAAGGACGCCAACGCUGUCGUUGACCUACUCCUCACAAAGGCUUCAGAGUACGACGGCAUUCUGGAGCUGCUCGCCGGCGAGAUCCGGCCGCACAACGAGAAGCACUCGACUGACAAGUCCAUUGUCAACCUUUCGCAGUCCAACGCCAAGAACAUCUUCCGCGACGUCACCUGCCUCCACAUCGCCGUCGCCCUCAACCGCAAGGCGCUCGUCAAGGCCUUUAUGAAGAACGGCGCGCGGACAGACGCCGUCUGCGGUGAGGUUUCCUUCAAGUACGAGCUCAACCGUCGAAACAAGGAGCUGGCCAACGCCAACAGGCCGUCAGACCAGAAGGAGAUCACCCACGGCCUCCACUCGUACAAGGACAAGACCGUGACCCAGCUCGCCUUUCUCACCGAGCGCACCACUCUCAUGCCCAUUCUCAAGGAUUGGAAGUCGAACCGUUAAACCCGUGUGUGUGCGCC